GUGUUGUUUUCAAAAGCAUGUAUCGGCAUGUAUCUAAAACUGUCUUCUAACUUGUACGUCAUGCACAGCUUUAUGCAAUUCGUCAUGAAAACCAAAUUUUGAGAAACUUGUUUUUAGUUUUCGAAGUUUGAUCUGUGCCUUCUCAUUAACAGUUCGUCUUGCUGAUGCAAUAGAGCUAACACCAAAUUUCAUUGACGCUGUACCAAAACUAAACCUAGAAAUGGACCUGUCUGCUAAUUAUGAGGAACUGACCUUUUUUCAACUGCAUAGCGAGGAUGUACUAAAGGAUUUCAUUGGAAUUGCUUGGGAAUCUUUGAUGAAUAAAAGUAAGUCCAAGUCAUAUGCACACGCUGCAGUGAAGCUGAACACUGAAUAUGUGACAAUUGAGAAAUUGGUUGGGAAGCUCUCACAGCUGCUAUUAGAGUGUACCAAGCUGAAAGUUACAAUGUCAGAAUUUGUUGACAGCUUACAACCUAUUUUACUUGACAAAGUAUUCUUGCUGUGGGAAAGUGUAGUCGUGAAGAAAGAAAUUCUCUCGGAAAUAUUGCGGAAAACUGACAUUAACCAUGUUGAAUUCUCAACAUUAAAUUGGAGGUUUGAAAAUACAUAAUCACGGUAUUUUUAGCUUGCAUCAAAAACAUUGGAAUCAUAUGAAAACACAAAUCUUUUCAUGGAGCUACAGCUGAAGGAUAAAUAUUCCAAAAAACAUCAUCACUUUGUUGUCAACAUUCCAAAUUUGUUCCAUUUGACCAACAUACUGGAGGUUGCCUUAAAUGAAACUAAAACGAGCCAUGUUCGAAGAGUUUCAGCUAUCAACUGAAGAAAUGAGCACUCAUGCACUGUUGGCCCAGUGUAAAUCAGUCAAGAUGAAAGUUGUAUAUUUGGUGUUAACAAGCUCCAAGCAGAAAAUAAGAACAAAGUAAUAAUAAUCCUGUGUGUUUCAAUUGUUCAUUUACUUAAAUUAGGUAAGUAGCAAAGAAUCAUGACAACCAGGCAUCCAUUCAUUUAGUAACCACCAUCUUCUUGGCAUUAUUUAAAUAAACUUACAACAACUUGUCAUACAA